CUCUACUUCCGGCGUAAUGUAGCGGCAUAGUGCAACAGGUUCAACAUUCAUAUGGAUGACCCUGGAACUACCCAGUGACUCCCAAUGACUACCCAGGCUGGAGAGAAAAACAUGAGCAGCAUGAAGUCCCUCCUGAUGAGGGCGUGGAGGGAGAGGUGGUCAGACAUACAGUGGGGUAUCACUGUGAAGAGGCUGCUCACUCGCUUCGCAGAGGCCGAGAUGUGUAAUUUAGCUGACUUGAUCCUCCAGCAAGCUCUGGUGGGAACCAGUCCCAACACCUUGGUGCUCUCGUAUCUCAAACAUGUGCAAAGCACUCAGAUCAUCACGACAGCCAGUGUGUUAAAGAGCGUCAUGAAGUAUGAGGAUUUGGCACGCCCAUAUUGUAUAAAAAGUUUGCUGGAGCUAGUGACUGGGAUGUUGGCCAAAAUCAGCUCACAUGCCUAUUCAGAAGACUCGAUUGCUCUGUGUAAGACUCUGCAGCAGACAGUAAACUGGGCAUUACAGCUUGCUUACCGCGGCUUGCAGAGCCUACAAGAUAACAAGCAGGCAGCAGAGUACCUCGGCAUUGUGGAUAGGUCAUGUGACUUGGUUGCCAUGGUGAUGAAAAGUGAAUCCAGUAAAGCGUUGAUGUAUAUCGCAAAGUUUGAGGAUUCAGAGUCAGCCAGACAACUUGAGCAGACAGAAAUGAAUGUCCGCGGCGUCUUCAACCAACUUCAGCCGGCCUGUAUCACUGCGCAGCUGAAAGAAAAGGUGGAAGGCAUAUUGAAAGGGAUUGAAAACAUUUAUGUUAUCCCCACAACCUCGCAACCAUCUGUUUCCAUGACAACAAGAUCAGUCCUGAGCACAGUCAGCGUCAUGCUAAACAUCGAGGCAGUUCUCAAUCCGACCAAUGAUGUGCGUCCUAUCAUGGAGCAGUUGAUUUUGUUGGAACGAGCCAAGAAGGUAGAGCGUACAGACCUCUACUGCCUGAUAUUGCGAGCAUGUUUCAUGGGGAUGAUAGACUCUAAAGAUGGAACAGAGGAGUUGAAGUGGGCUGCUUUCACUUAUCUUAAGCUGCCCCUCUUGUUUGCCAAGUUUUCCCAGAAGUCUCCACUACGGGACUGCAGUAAAGAUUUAGAGACAGCAUUUGAGAAAUUCCUUAAUUACGUUCCCCUACUGGACUUAACAGAUUCCAAGUGCAAUUGUGACUGUUUGAGUUUGUUCCUGAAAAAGCUGUGUACACACGGCUUGCUGUCAGACGCCCAGUGUAAGAAGUUGUUGGCCAGACGGAUGAAGGACACCCAGAAACCAAAGACGCCUGUCCAACAAAACCAGCAACCCAGUGCUAGCCUCAUCUUGAGAGCUGAGCCCACUGUGGCUAGCAUACUCAAGGUACAGCUAUAUAAUAUCCUUCAGACUUUGGACGCUGACUACUCCAAGAGCCAAGAAUCUCUACUGGGUAUACUGUUCCACAUGUUAUCUGGGAGAAGUUUUGAACUGAUACUUGCUGCUGCAGCUGCCACAGGGAAACUGCAGAGUUUUGCUAUGAAAAUGAUCAAGUUUAAUGAGUUUGCCAAGCAGGCGAGUGGUGACACAGACCAGGCUGCACAGACGACAGCUCUCUUGUUUGAUAUCACUUUCCUGAUGGUGUGUCACAUUGCACAGUUGUAUGGAUCUGAGAUAAUCAGCUCCAACAUCGAAUGUGCCGACUCGUUCUUUGCACAGUGGGUGAAGCGCUGUCUGCCUGAGGAUGGGAAAGCCAAAUGCCUGGACAACAACAGCUUUCAGCCAGACCCCCUGAAAGUGGAGUCUCUUCUGCAGCAGUUUAAUGCUGGAGGAGAGCUAAAAACAAGCCAUACCAAGUGGCAGGACGUGUGUAAUAACAUUCCCUUCACGGUGCAGGAGGUGUUGUACGCCUGGGAGCACGGGGCCAUCAUGAGAGACACUGUCAGGACAAUGAUGGGUAACAUCAAGUCCAAGCUGUGUUGUCUCCCAGUGGUAGUGGUGUCAUGGCUGUGUACACACAUCAGUUCUCUGAACAGUACAGCCAGAAUGAAACCUCUCCAGAUGAUAGACAUGCUACAGCAGCCCGUGGUCCACUCCCAGACACCAGAUACUGCCAAUCAGUAUUACAGUGAAAGAUCAACCCUCAUGAAUAACAUUAUCCUGAAGAUGGCCGCCGACUUACUCCCAGCGACGACUAACAAAACCAGCUUGUCUGGUAAAUCUGACCUUCACGCCACCUUGAAGCAGACGUUCCUGGCCAGUUAUCGUAAAGGUUGGCUAAGUAUUCAGGCCCUGCAUGAUUUAGAACAGCUGUACUGUACUGGGGGUGCCGAGUGGUUCUGUGAAACACUAGUCAAGGAAAUGCUACAGUUCACGCGUGUGGAAGAACUGGAGCACGCCGUUGCACUUGUGUCCGCCAUUUUCUUCAUUGACAUGGAUCAGCUGACUUUGAGCCUCCUCCACAGCACCCUGCCACAGAUUCUUCAGGGGAUGUCAUUCAAGCCUGGGAUAGUGGACCCCCGAGGAAGAGCUUUGAUCAGACUCUGCGUUUUUUGCAUAGGGGCAACACAUACUAUGAAAGGGUUCCCAAGAGUUCCUUCAUCUCCAAUGAAAUCAGGUGGAAAGAAGCGUUCAAGAAGAGAGGUCGAAAUUGAGGACAUAGAAUUUGGCACUGGAGAAGCAAGACCUUCCAAAAUAAGAAAGACCCAAGAUGAAGCUCAUCAGCAGAUAACACUUGAUGCAGAGGGAUUCAAUUUAGAUUUAAUUUAUAACAGAGAAGAGACACCAAGCAGUCCAACCUAUGAUGUCAAAGAUCCUCUGAACAAAGCACUAGCUGCCCUGUUCCAGUUAUUUACAGACAUAGUCACAGAUAGCUGUAUUAGUCCAAAGACGGGCUUUGUGCUGUCUUUCCUGGAAGAGACCAUACACGUGGGUGGAGAUUUCUCAAGGUUUAUUUUGCAGUUUAUGCCUAAAACAAUGGUGCCACAAUUACUGAAGAUGCUCCCGGAUGAUUUCAGUACUGGCUUUAUACUCAAUGUGUGUGACAUGAACUCCGCAGCAGGAAGGAGGAUCGCAGCAAAAGUCGUGUCUCAUCACGCUUUGUAUCUGAGUCGACAAAAAACAGUAUAAAUGCACUUGGGGGGAAAAGAGUACAUUUUGAGAUUGGGGGACUUUCCUUUUUUGUGGAAAGCCAAGGGAGAUUUAUUUGUAUAUAUAUAUAUUUUUUCACAUUCAUUUACUGGACCUCCAAAGUUAUAAUGAGGGCAAAAGUGAAUCUUCAUAAUGUGAAUUUUAUUACUUGCUGAUGGAUCAACCACCAGAUAAUGUGAACAAUGAGAGAGAAAACAGAAAAAAGGAGAAAAAAUGCAGUGAGAAUGGUGUCUAUUUCUGGGCAAAAACCAUGAUUUAUGUGCAUUAUGGAAUUUUUACACCCAGCUCAACAAUUUGAGAUGUGGAGUUUCUGUCUGGAUUCAGUUUAUGAAAAAGUUCUUUCACUGCAUGCUUUUGGUACAACUUUGUCAUAGUGAUGCAAAGGAAUAAUACUGUUAUUGGGGAGGGUAAGGAUGUUUGAAAGAGGUAUAUUAUAAUGUAGCAUUAUUUUUUUUCAAAAUCCAAUAACCAACUACUGAUGUACCUGCAGUGGCGCACACCUCUUUUUUUAGACUGAGAAAUAAUGCUUCUGUCUUUGCCUGCUUUAAUAUUCUGGAUUUAGAAGAAAUUUCCUCCUUUUUUUUUUCAAUAUUAAUAUUUUGAUGCAUUAAACAUAUUUAUACACAUAUUGAUAUAUUGUAUUCAACAACAUAUACAAUAUAUUGACGUAGAUAUUGUGUAGGAAGACCGUCUCUCCCUCCUCCCCUGCACUGCAUGUGACCUCUGCAUAUGCCACGUGAUAAGAUUAAAAAGUGAAAUUAUUGCUGUUCUAUUCUAUUUUUAAGCAUAGGUUUUUCAAUAUGCACCAUUAGAAUCAUUAAGAGCAUUCAGAAUUAUACAACAAUUGGUCAGAUAUGAGUAUAUUCAGUCAACUUUAAAGUAGUUCAUAACUGCUUUUAUCUGGUCUUAAGCAGAGGUGAUAUAUAGUAUACAUUGCAUGGACCCAAUAGAAUGAGUGUAUUUCCUUUUAAUUAUAUACAAAAAAUUUAUUGUGACCAUUACUCUAAGCAGUAGUUUGUGUAGGUUUUUUAAUUUUCUUUCAUUUAUUUAGUUAUUUCACUUUUUUUCUGCUUGUGAAGAGUACUGUUGUUCAAGAAUGUACGAUUACGAAAUAAAUGAAUUUAUAUAUACA